CUGGAGUGUCGGAUAGGUUACCACCAUGCGUACCAUUGGUUUGUGGAGUGUUCUGCUGGUCAGUUUCGUAGCAGUGGCAGCGCUCGGUUCUGAUGACGACAGUGACAAGCGGUAUCAUCCGAGACUUCCGGAUGAGCCCAAGGGCCCGCAAUCGAAGAAUGCCGAACAAGAACAGACCAUCGAGUACUGGCGGAACCAGGCGAAGGCAACGGUGGAGCAGCUGUUGAAGAAGAAAGAAAACACCAACACGGCCAAGAAUGUCAUCAUGUUCUUGGGUGACGGUAUGUCGAUUGCCACCGUAGCGAUGGCACGUGUUUACGCUGGUGGCGAAGAGAAACCGCUGUUCUUCGAAGAGUUCCCGUACCUUGGUAUGGCGAAGACGUACUGCGUAGACUAUCAGGUACCUGAUUCCGCCUGCACGGCCACCGCAUAUCUGACGGGUGUGAAGGCUAAUUACGAAACGAUUGGUGUGAAUGCCCAUGUACCGGUGCGUGAUUGCCAUGCUGGCCGGAACCGCUCGAUGCACACGUCAUCGAUCGGUCAGUGGGCGAUGGAUGCGGGGAAGGAUGCUGGUAUCGUGACAACGACGCGCGUAACACAUGCCUCACCGGCUGGUGUGUACGCACACACCUCGUACCGUGAUUGGGAGAACGACUUUUACGUGAAAGAGGAUGGUUGUACGUCGGAGCAGGUUGAUGAUAUCGCUCAUCAGCUGGUGUACGGUGAAACGGCACCAAGGUUGCGCGUAAUUUUGGGAGGUGGUCGACGAGAGUUCCUGGAUCGAGAGACGGGCGUGGAUCCUGAAACAGGUAAUGGAGGAUACCGUUCCGAUGGCCGUAAUUUGAUCGAUGAGUGGCUCAAGAAUGGUCCAGUCGGUGAGAACCGUACGUUUGUGUGGAAGCGAUCGGAUUUGCUGGCCGUGGAUCCACUGAGAACCGAUCGGUUGCUGGGAAUGUUCGAGCCUAGCCACUGUGCCUACAAUCUCGACACCGUCAAUAAGAACCUGCCCGAAGAACCGUCACUUUCCGAGAUGGUGGACAAGGCCACGGAUCUGUUGAGCCUUAAUCCGAAAGGAUUUUUCCUGUUCGUCGAAGGAGGCCGCAUCGAUCACGCUCACCAUGACAACCGUGCCAAGCUGUCUCUGGAUGAGACGGUCGAGUUUGCUAAGGCGAUUGAGUUGGCACGGAAGAAGUUCAGCGUGGAAGAUACGCUGAUCGUAGUAACCUCGGACCAUUCGCACAGCGUCAGUUACGCUGGAUAUCCGCGUCGUGGUAACGAUAUCUUUGGAACUGCUGGAACGGGCCGGGAUGGUCUGCCGUACAUGACGAUCAGCUACGCGAACGGUCCUGGCUACAAGAAGCAUGUCGAUAAGAAGACAGGCACCAGGAUGGAUGUGCGCGAAAUGGAUCGGAGCAAGGACAACUUCGACUUUCCGUCCAUGGUACCGAUGGACUCGGAGACGCACGGUGGCGAGGAUGUGGCGGUGUACGCGUCCGGACCCUGGUCCCAUCUGUUCGCCGGGUCUUUCGAGCAGAAUGUUAUCCCGCACAUGAUGGGCUAUGCAGCUUGCAUUGGAGCUGGAAUGCAUGCCUGUGAUCGAAGCUGAGCGGGUGCCCUGGGGUGAAGAAUGUGAUUCGACAACUGCUUUAGAGGUAUCUGAACUCGUUAGAUCAGGAUGAUCAAGUGCUGUAUGUAAAGGAUUGUUUUUUGUACUUAUCUACUU